UUGUUUGUGGCGCUUUUUUGAUUACCCACAGGAUUCGGCUUGAUGAUUCGCACAUUUCUAUUAUCGUUAUCGCUUGCGAUUGGCUGUUUGUGUUCGCUAUAAGGUAUUCGUAUGUUAAGUUAAACCAGUUAAUCGCUCGUUGUUACUUAAGGCUACUUACAGUUUUGUUUUUCAAAUAAUGAAGAAAUUCAGUCUGAUCGUUGCAAUUUGUGCCAAUGGUGGAAUUGGCAUCAAAGGCGAUCUUCCAUGGAGAUUGAGACAGGAGCUAAAAUAUUUUUCGAGAAUGACGAAGAAAAUUCAAGACUCUGGCAAACGUAAUGCCAUCAUUAUGGGACGAAAGACUUACUUCGGAGUACCUGAGUCGAAGCGACCCUUGCCGGAAAGACUGAACAUUAUUCUGACUCGAGAUCCCAGUGCCAAUGCUUAUCCGUCGGAGGUGAUGGUGUGCACCAGCAUGCAGGAAGCACUGAAGAAGCUUGACGAAGCUCCGUUGGUGAACGAAAUUGAGAACGUAUGGAUCGUUGGUGGCAAUGCAGUCUAUAAGGAAGCGAUGCAAUCAGAUAGAUGUCACCGUAUUUACCUGACUGAAAUUAAGGAGACGUUCGAGUGUGAUGCAUUCUUCCCGGAAAUUACCAGUGAUUUUCAACUGGUGAAGAAUGAUGAUGACGUUCCGGAGGACAUUCAAGAGGAGAACGGGAUUCAGUACCAGUACCGCAUUUAUGAAAAAGUGCCUGAGUAAUAAUUGAGCUUACUUGUUGAAUUCAUUCCAUUAAUAUAAUAGUGGUAUAUGUGCCCGGGGCAAACAGCCACGAUAAUAAAAGUUAAUAAUAGAA